AUGCCUCGUCGACGCCGGCCCACGUUCUCUGGACGUCCCGACGAGUCUUUGCCCGCUAUGUCUCUGCCACGAGCUUCUAUGGAGAGCGUCAGAACGGCCAAUGAGCCCUUGCUGGGUAGCUACGCCGCCGGGUCGCUCCAUUCGCAUAUCAACGAAAACAGCGAUGAAGAUUUGCUUGACCACCGCUCCCCGCGUAACCGCGCGCAAAGUCAGACAACUCAGUUCGUCAACCGCUGGUUGAGGCGUAACUCUACCGCACUGCGUUCGGGCCAGCCUGAUCUGGAACAGAUGCGGGACGAAGUUGUUGACCCCUUUGACAAUUCUGGGCCUGCGGUGGCAGAUUUUUCCGACAGCGAAAGUUUGAACUCGAAACCUUCGACUCGCCGUUCCAGCGUGGACUCAAGCAUUGAUGAUGUGUGUAUGCCUUUGGACUCUCCUGUUGAAGACUCUGUUUUGGAAAUCGGACGCAAACAAUGGCCGGAUAUUUCGGUUCUCAAUGAUUUUGUCUUGAAGGAAAUGAAGGAACAAGAACUCACCGAAGCGGCAGAGCUUGUCAGCGAGGGCCUUCGUGAUCGGUAUGCUGUCAACGAAGCCGAAACUGACGGCCCUCUGCGUCCUCCCAGGUUCGUUCCUUGGGCAAAGCAGCGUUCAAACACUCCACGACCCUUGCAAAACAUGGCAACUUAUCGUUUCACAUAUUUCCGUGAUGACUUGCCCGAGACUAUUCAUUCACCUACUAUUUCCGGUUUGCUUAAGCCCGGUCAGAGCUUUGAAGAUCUUUUUCCCCCGGUGGGCAUCGAAUGUAAUGAGCAAUCACCUCGCCCCCAUGGAUCAGCCUCUGCAGCCUCGGUAAAUUUACAGCAAGGACAUCCGCAGCCCUUACAACCCCAGACGACGGGGGCUUCUGCAUCCGGAAUGUCUGCACGGGAUGUGCCGACUCCGGCGACUGCUGCUGCUUUACUGGAAGUCAAUGGUCACCGAAGUUUGACCCAGAAUGUCGCAGACCGUCAAGGUCGCACCACGCCAAUUGGUUCUCCCAGAACAACUCCUGCUGUCGGUCCGCAAGGUCAUGGCGCCCCUGCUCCUGGUCCCACUGCUGCCCCCACUACGAACGCUCCGCCUCAGCCUGUGGGAAGCGCUUCGUUAGUUGAGUCAAACCAAGCCCCCACCCCAUUUUGGCUCGAUAUUCAUGCCCCUACGGAGGAUGAGAUGAGAGCAAUUGCCAAGUGCUUUGGAAUCCACCCUUUGACCUGUGAAGAUAUUUUGCUCAAGGAAACACGCGAAAAGGUCGAGCUUUUCCGAAACUACUAUUUCAUCUGUUUUACCUCAUUUGAUGUGCGCACCGCAGUCAGCAGCCAACGCCGUCAGUCUCGACGACCCUCAAUCUCAAACCAGUCACUUUCUUCGUGGUCCUCGAAGCAAGCACCGCGGAAAGAUCGGUUGAAACCAGCAGCCAUCUACAUUAUUACCUUCCACACAGGAGUUAUCACUGUGCACUAUUCUCCAACUCCACACACAAUUAAUGUACGACGACGAAUCCGGUUGCUGAAAGACUAUUUAAAUUUCAGCUCGGACUGGAUCUCCUAUGCCCUCAUAGAUGAUAUUACAGACGGAUUCGCCCCCAUGAUUGCGACAAUUGAACAGGAUGUCACAUAUAUUGAAGAUGAAAUUUUGCGCAUGCACGGCACUGAAACAGACGACGACAACGAAGACCAUGGGCCAAUUGGAUCCGACGCAUCGUUUUUGACCAAAACCUCCUCCACAGGCAAACGCGAGUGGCAGGCCAAGCAUGGCAUGUUACGAAUGAUUGGUGAAAGCCGGAAACGUGUCAUGUCACUUAUGGGCCUGUUGGCCAAUAAAGCAGAUGUCAUCAAAGGCUUCUCCAAACGUGUCACUGAGCAGUGGAGUGGUGCACCUCGAAAUGAAAUCGCCAUGUAUCUCUCCGAUAUUCAGGAUCAUUUGGUCACCAUGGUGCAAAGUCUGAAUCACUACGAAAAGCUACUUGCGCGCUCGCAUUCCAACUAUCUUGCUCAGCUCAACAUCGAUAUGACCAAAGCCAAUAAUGACAUGAACGACGUACUCGGUAAGAUCUCAGCUCUGGGUAUGAUCGUGCUACCGCUCAACGUGGUUACUGGGCUUUGGGGAAUGAACGUACUCGUUCCUGGCCAACACGACGACAACUCGCUGCGUUGGUUCUAUUCAAUCAUUGUUUGCAUGAUCACGAGUUCGAUUGUUUUUUAUUAUAUUAUAAAACGAUAUGUGUAG